CCGCCUGACUUGACAUUUGGCUGUCAGUGUUUACGGUAGCGAAAAAACAAGCUUGGCUUUACGGUAUUUUGCUGCAGAUUUGUCUCAAUUUACAGAACAUAUUGUAAAAUAUGGCUGAAGUACAAAACAACGGUACCGAAAAGGAAGUCGACGUGGAGAAGCCAGCGCCAACGCUUUCCGGUCCAAUAGUGGGCAUUAUUUAUCCUCCACCGGAAGUGCGAAAUAUCGUCGACAAGACGGCUAGUUUCGUUGCCCGUAACGGUCCGGAAUUCGAAAGCCGUAUCCGACAGAACGAGCUUGGAAAUCCUAAGUUCAACUUUCUUAGUCCCGGCGAUCCGUACCAUGCAUACUAUCAGCACAAGGUUCAAGAGAUACGUGAAGGUCGCACCGACAAUUCGUCCGCGGGAACAGGGACAGCAUCGGGCGGCUUACAAAAAGCGCAGGUGCCUAGUGCCACGCAACAGAAGCAGCAGGAGCUUCUGAAAGCCGUUACCGAGCAGCAGUUCGUUCCGAAAGAUCCGCCACCAGAGUUUGAGUUCAUUGCGGAUCCGCCCUCGAUUUCGGCGCUCGAUUUAGAUAUCGUCAAAUUGACGGCUCAGUUUGUCGCACGCAAUGGGCGCUUGUUUCUGACUAACCUCAUGAACCGUGAACAACGGAACUGUCAGUUUGAUUUUCUUCGGCCGCAACAUUCGCUAUUCCAGUAUUUCACCAAGCUGCUCGAACAGUACACGAAGAUUCUGGUGCCGCCGAAGGAUUUGAUGAACAAGCUGAAGGUGGAAAGUGCGCCCGGUCGCAGCAGCAUGAACGUUGUACUGGAACAGGUAAAGUAUAGGGCGAACUGGAUGAAGCAUCAGGAAAUGCAAUCUCGCCGGGAGGAAGAGAAAGUAGAGAGGGAGCGUAUCGCGUACGCGCAGAUCGAUUGGCACGACUUUGUCGUGGUAGAGGUGGUAGACUAUCAACCGUACGAGUCAGGCAAUUUUCCUCCACCAACAACACCGGACGAGGUCGGUGCCCGUGUGCUAAUGGAGGAGCGGAUGAAUGAGGAAGAUCACGACAUCGAGAUGCAGAUCGAGUCGGACAAUGAUGACAGUGACGAUGGUCCGCAUCGCAGUGGCACCGAGGGCAACGGACAGGUGAAGCUAUCGCAGAUGGAAAAUUUGGUCGGUAAGCAGCAGAAAGAUAAUACCCAGGUACAGGACAUGGACGAGUCGUCCACCUCUGGCGAUGAGGAAGGCGAUCGCACUAAAUCACUUCCGGCUCCGGUUGCCCCACCAACGCACGACAAGGUCAUUGUGAAGAAGUACGAUCCGAAACAGUCGCAGAAGGUGCAGAAGCCGGUACCGGCAGCAGCAGACGAUUAUCUCAUUUCGCCCAUUACGGGUGAAAAGAUUCCUGCGGCAAAGGUGGCCGAACAUAUGCGCAUCGGUUUGCUAGAUCCGCGCUGGGUCGAGCAGCGCGACAAACACAUCGAGAAGGUGGCACAAGAAAAUGUGUACGCACCAGGUGCGGCAAUCGAGGCUAGCCUGAAGCAGCUUGCAGAACGUCGUACCGAUAUUUUCGGUGUCGGUGACGAAGAAGCGGCCAUCGGUAAGAAAUUGGGCGAGGAGGAACCACGUAAGGACGAUCGUGUCACUUGGGACGGACACACAUCGAGCGUAGAAGCGGCCACACGAGCCGCUCGUGCAAAUAUUACGCUCGAAGCACAAAUUCAUCAGAUCCAUAAGGUGAAGGGAUUGAUACCGGACGAGGAGAAAGAAAAGAUUGGUCCAAAACCAAUACCCGGCACGAUGUCAACAUCGUCCAAGUCUAGCCUACAGCAUCAGCAGCAACAACAACAGCACCAGCACCAACAGCAGCAACACCAUCAGCAGCAGCAACAACACCAUCAGCAGCAGCACCAUCAGCAGCAGCAACAUCAUCAGCAUCAACACCACCACCAUCAUCAUCAGCAGCAACAGCACCAGCACCAGCAGCAACAACAAAAUCCACAGCUUGCUCAAAUGCAAUCACAAAAAGGAAUGCCCCAAAUGCCACCCCAUCCCAUUCCUCCACCGGUACCGCCAAUGAUGAUGAUGGCCAUGGGACCGCCACCGUUCGCCGUCGGUACGUACGUGUCGCCGAUGGCACCGCAUGCGGCCCCACAAAUGCCAGCUGGUGGCGGUGCACCUGUCCUGGCAGAUGCACAGCAACAACAGCUGGUGGGUCAUGAUAUCGCAACGGCGAUGGAUGAACCGCCCAGUAAAAAGUCACGCACCGAGGAUAAUCUGGUUGAGGAAAGCGUCUUCCUUCAGCGUCACAGUGCAACCGGUCCUAUCACUGUACAGGUGCAGUGCCCUAACAUGACCGAGAAGAAUGAUUGGAAGCUAAAUGGGCAGGUUCUUUCACUGUCGGUCAAUCUGACCGACACGAUCAGCUCGGUUAAAGCGAAGGUACAAACGGAAACGGGAAUGCCACCUGCGAAGCAGAAAAUAUUCUACGAUGGUAUGUUCUUCAAGGAUAACAACACCAUCGCCUACUAUAAUUUACUGAAUGGUGUAACGGUCGCACUGCAACUGAAGGAACGUGGUGGACGAAAGAAAUAAGCUUACAGCACGAUACGAAAGAAAGCAGAAAGCUACAGUGCGGCAGUAGUGGAUAAUAAUUAAUUGAACGUGGUAAUUGCACAUAUAACCAGCAUACAUUUAUUUGAUCGAGCGUUCCGAGUGACUGGAAGAUAAUACCGAUAUUGAAGAGGCAACAGCAUACAUAGGUACACACAUGUAGAAUUACACAAUACAGAAAUUGGACUUGAUUUCCCUCUGCAAAUUGCGCCAGUUUCGCAAAUCUAACGCCGCUAAAAUCAGAACCUUUCCUUCAGUAGGUUAAAAGUGUGCUUUGGAACAAAUGAUUCUAUUCAAUACCUACAUUUCGUGAACUAAAUUAACAUAUUGGUACAGUACCUACCACUAUAUAGCAACCAAAAAUCAUGCAGAAACGUCAAACUUUUUAAUGAAAAAAAUUAAUAAAACAGAUAUUAAAGUUUUGCUUUUG